UGGCAAUCUACUUUGAUCUUAUUGGAGAUAUUUUAUUUAAAAAUAUAUAUAUAGCUUUCAAAACAUGAAUUGUGAUGUAAGUAAUGAUUACUUUUUAUGGUACUAGUUUACAAGUUAGUGAUUGCAAAUAACUUUGCAACUUUUGAUAAUGCAAAAACUGCAAAAUAGUAAGGAAGCAUUUUGUGUAAUGACCAAUUUUAUUCCUACAUUGAAGUCAGUGCUUUCAUCUAUGAAAUUCAACUGAACAUCUUUCACUUUUUCUAUUACUUAUGCAUGUUAUAUCUUGUGAUUUAUCCAGUUUUAAGCAAGGCUCCCAAAACUAAUAUUAUGAAUACAGACAACCUCAAAAUGGCUGGAUUAAAUUUACAUUUGAAUACAAUUUAAAUCAGCUGGCAAUUUAUCAACAGUCCUCCAGUAAUAACGGUGAACAUUAGUGAAACAGCAAUUUUAUCCCUUCCAAAAUAUCUAGUAGAUCUUGUCUAUGUGUACUGGGAUUGGUUUUGUGAAAAGCUGGUUUCAGGAGGUUAACUACUGUAUGUCAUCAUUUGUCAGACGAUUUACUAUUCAAGUCGUGCAUCUUGGUUCAGCCAUAAAAAUAUUAGCGGCCACAAGGAUAUGGAGCAUCAAGUCACGUGCUAGAUUUCUGGUAACAGUAUAGCACUCAAUCCUCUUCCAAGCAUCUUCAUUAGGAUACCAUAUUUUUGGUCAGUCUAUCUUCACUCUGGAUAUUUUCAUCAGUUUUGAUUUCUGUUGUUGUAGAACAAUUAUUCAGUAAACUUCUAUCAUCAAGUAAGGGUCAAGGAGAUCAAAUGCGGUAAAUAAGAUAAAUGUAUGUAUCUACAGUGGGCCCUGAAGAUACAAUGGCCUCAGGAUACAAUAUUUUAAACAUACCAUGGUCUUUUCUGGUCCAAACUAAGUUAAAACUAGACUUAACAUACAAAGCCUCAGACUCAAAUCCAACCAAUCAACCUUUUCUCUGAUAAAACUGGUGUCUAGUAGCUCCUCCUUACAGUGCAGUACUACAUGCCCUGUACUGCUCUCUGUGCAACGAUAACCUGCUCCUUUAGCCAACAGGUGAGGAUGGCACAAUUUUUGGGUAACCAAUUACCAGUUUUCCAGUAAGUUCUUGACUCAAGCUAGUCGUUUCAAAAUACAAUGGUCAUCCAGAAACCAAAUAAUAUAAUUCAUAUUCUAACUUGAGGGACCACUAUACAUAUAUGAAAGCUUGUGAUAACUAAUCAUUUCAGGCUUCGGUGCUAGGAAGCCCUAUUUAGACUUAAAUGCCAUGAACCGGCCAAGCAUAUUUAGUGCUAACAGAAAGCAUCCAUUAUCCGUAAGAAUUGGGAAAAUCAUCCAUCAUUUUCUUCGCUAUUAAAUCGGUUGUGUAACGAAGCAUAUUCUACAUUUUUCAAACCAGCACCUCGAUCUGAAUACUUUUGGAAUUGCAUAAUUAAAAUUUUAGUAUAGCCACUUAGCUAUUCAAUAAAAUAUAUCUGAAUAGCGCCACCUGCUGUUUGUCCGUCUUGCUGAGCUGGCCCAACGGGCUCAGUUUAAAUCUUCAACUGCCACCAGCCAUAUGCUCUGUUAGAAGCUGUGGCAGUUACAGGGAGAGAGCUGCAGCAGUUAGGACACACACCCUGAGCUGCCAGACUGAAGCUCAGGCAGCAAAAGUGAAGAUCUCUGGAUCCAGGUGAGGUACAGGGCUGGUUCUUGCUUUAUUAGAAAGGUAUAGUCGUGUACUAUAUAACUGUCCGAUUUUCUUUUUUUUUCCCCCAAUCAAUCAUGGCAUAACCUCUUUAAGCCUUAGUUUUGAGAGCGCUUCUAAAAGCCAUAAAACCGAUGUCUGCGGCGAACAUUUAGGCGAUGCCAUCCUGGAAAACCCAGACACCAUGUUCACCUUCUCCCAUAGCGGGGCAUAUUUCAUGAUCUGGAGACUUUUCUGGCAUCUCAGCCUGGGAAUCACUGCUGUAAAAUGCACUGUUCCUGGAUGCUGGGGCUCACUGCUAGUAAAACAGGUUUCCAUUUCUUUCUCUUCACAAAGUGUACUUUAGGCAAUUGAAACGCUGCAGCUAAACACUAUAUAUUCACAUCGAGUUAACAAAGAGCGUACAUCAAUUCUGAAAAAUACAAUAUUAAAUUCAAGCCAUAAAACUGGACUAACCCUGCUCGCCUCCACGACACAAAACCUCCACUCAUUCCUGAGUUACUGAAAAGCAUUGGACAGACACUGCCUUUCCUGUCAGAGGCGUCCUCCCGCCUAACUUCACAGAUACUAACCCCUCCUCCCGCUCCUGCAGCGUCGGCCAUGUUUCCCCUAUAGACACACGGCAUGAAGCGAUACCAGACACGUAGCAGGAAAGCACAGAGCCGCUAGUUCAAUCACCUCACGGAAAACACGCCUAUAAAAGCCAUGUUUCCCCUAUAGACACACGGCAUGAAGCGAUACCAGACACGUAGCAGUCAUCUCGCCUACAGGAAAGCACAGAGCCGCUAGUUCAAUCACCUCACGGAAAACACGCCUAUACAAGCCUACACAGACGCCGGGUCUAUAACGUGAACACUGCCUCCCCUCGCCCGGUACAUCCCGCCGGAGAACGAGCCGUGAGCCAGCAGCUCGCCAACAACCGCCCUGCACAGCGCGCACUCUACACUCCCCCUCCCCCAAUUACGGGGUCUCCUGACUGUGACGUGCCCCGCUGGGCGUGGUCUAGUCCCGGUGACGCAGCUCCUGGCUCGGUCGUCCUCUUUUCUUCACAUUCCUUUAAGAGACGUUGUGUGGAGACGGUGAAGCGUUUCUGGAAGGUUCACGGAUGCCCAACGUGAAAGAACGUUGCCCCUAAAGCCAAGAGGCAGGUUUUGACCGGAGACGGCUAUACCAAGGACCUGGUGUAAAACAUAGAUCUGCCACUAUGGGUCUCGACUAUGGCGAGAUCCACCACCAGUAACUGUUGACCCUUAGAAGAGCUUUCAGAAAACCGUACGAUUGCAGCGAGGUCCAUUUAUGUGAUUUGAAAGACCAGCCAUUGACGCGUUUUUAUAUUUAGGCGACUUUGUUGCGGAGAGCUGAAGUCAUGGCCUUUACGAACUAUAGUAGUCUAAACCGUGCUCAGUUGACUUUUGAAUAUCUACACACUAACUCGACAACACACGAGUUCCUGUUUGGAGCACUGUCCGAACUAGUUGAUAAUGCAAGAGAUGCUGAUGCUACAAGAAUUGAUAUUUUUACAGUGCCAAGAGAAGAAUUGAGAGGAGGUUUCAUGCUUUGCUUUCUUGAUGAUGGAACAGGGAUGGACCCAAGUGAGGCCGCCAGCGUAAUCCAGUUUGGACGUUCUGCUAAAAGAACUCCGGAGUCUAUUCAAAUUGGACAGUAUGGAAAUGGAUUGAAAUCUGGCUCUAUGAGAAUUGGAAAAGAUUUCAUUCUUUUUACGAAGAAGGGAGAUACAAUGACCUGCCUCUUUAUGUCUCGUACUUUUCACGAAGAAGAAGGAAUUGAUGAGGUGAUCGUUCCUCUCCCCACAUGGAAUUCAAAAACUGGUGAGGCGUUGGCAGAAAAUAUGGAAAAAUUUGCCAUUGAAACAGAACUAAUCUACAAGUAUUCUCCGUUUCACUCUCACAAAGAAGUUAUGGAACAGUUCAGAAAAAUUAACGGAGAUGCAGGUACACUGGUUGUAAUUUUUAAUUUGAAGUUAAUGGACUCCGGGGAACCAGAGCUUGAUGUAGUGUCUGAUCCAAAAGAUAUUCAGAUGGCUGGGACCCCACCUGAAGGAGCGAAACCUGAAAGACGCUCCUUUCGAGCCUAUGCUGCUGUUCUUUAUAUUGAUCCAAGAAUGAGAAUUUUUAUCCAUGACCACAAGGUUCAAACAAAAAGAUUAUCUUGUUGUCUUUACAAGCCCAGAAUGUACAGAUAUACAUCAAAUCGGUUCAAAACAAGAGCUGAACAGGAGGUGAAGAAGGCUGAGCACAUGGCAAAAAUUGCGGAGGAAAAAGCACGGGAGGCAGAAAGUAAAGCACGAGCCCUGGAGUGUCGACUUGGAGAGGACUUAACCAGGGAAUCCAGGGCUACUCUCCGGCAGGUACAGAAUGCUGCAAUAACUGCCCGUCGGGAGGCAGAUGUGAAGAAGCGUAUUAAGGAGGCAAAGCAAAGGGCCCUGAAAGAACCAAAGGAGUUAAAUUUUAUCUUUGGAGUGAAUAUCGAGCAGCGUGAACUUGAUGGCAUGUUUGUGUACAACUGUAGUCGGUUAAUAAAAAUGUAUGAAAAGGUGGGACCUCAGCUUGAAGGAGGAAUUGCCUGUGGAGGAGUAGUAGGGGUUGUUGAUGUUCCUUAUCUUGUUCUGGAGCCCACACACAACAAACAAGACUUCGCUGAUGCUAAGGAGUACCGACACCUUCUGAAAGCUAUGGGGGAGCACUUAGCGCAGUACUGGAAAGAUAUUGGCAUAGCUGAGAAGGGCAUUGUAAAAUUCUGGGAUGAAUUUGGUUACAUAUCUGCAAACUGGAAUCAGCCUCCGUCUACUGAGCUAAGGUAUAAGCGAAGACGUGCCAUGGAGAUCCCAACCACUAUUCAGUGCGAUCUAUGCUUGAAAUGGCGGACUCUUCCUUUCCAGCUUAGUGCUGUAGAGAAGGAAUACCCAGAUACAUGGGUCUGCGCAAUGAAUCCUGACACAGAUCAAUAUAGAUGUGAGUAUGUGGAGCUAAAACAGAAACUUCCUGUCGGAGUGCUUAAGAAAGAGACUGUAUCCCAGGAAGAAAAGAAAAAAACUCUAAGUGAAAAGAUCCAAAAACAACAGGAGAAGCUACAAUCUUUGCAGAAAAUCUCCACUGUUCGUUCAGGUGCAGAUUUGAAAAAGCUCCCAUUGGAAGUUAGCACUCGCCCCACAGAGAGUCCUGUUGCAGUAAGUCGACCAUUGAGGCCAAGAUCCCCACCUCUUCCUGCGGUCUUGAAAGAGGCUGUUAAACCUCCACCUGCACGGAUUAGCAGCACAGUCAAAAGGACCGAAAUAAAGCGAAUAUUGAGCUCUGAGCAGGCUAGCACCUCAAAAGCUCCAUCCCCAGGACUUGUCAAAUCUAGUCACACUGCCAAAACUGUGAACAAAAUAACAUCAGCUGUAAAAUCUUCAGUGUCCAAUUCAAAACCUAUUGUGCUACAAACUGCUAAAACCUCCAAAUUUAUACCAACACCACCAGUCGUGAAGAACUCUAAGACACUUGCAGCAAAGAAACCAGCACCAAGCAAAAGCCCUAUGGUAAGCAGUGUGAGAAAAAGAAGUUCACAACAGAUAGUAAUUGAUGAUGAGGAGGAAGAAGAGGAGGAGGAGGAGGAACUGGUCUCUUCGCGUAAACCUGAAAAGACUAAACGAUCAAAGAUAGUAUUAGUGAAACGAGAGAAAAAAGAUCUGAAUGAAGAGGAAGAGGCAAAGAAUCUACCCACACAUUCUGACACUCCCCGUGACUCAAAUGUGUCAUUGAAAUCAUUGCAGUUGGACAGCCCAGAGGUGGAUGAUGUUGUAUCCAGUAAAGCAGCUCAGAAAGAUAAAGGCUUACAUGUAGAAGUGCGCGUAAACAAGGAGUGGUUCACAGGACGUGUCACUACUGUAGAGACUGGAAAAAAUGCUGUUCGCUGGAAAGUGAAGUUUGAUUAUGUUCCUACAGAUACAACGCCACGUGAUCGAUGGGUGGAGAAAGACAGUGAUGAUGUGAGACUCAUGAGGCCACCAUCACCAGAACAUCAGAUGCCUGAUACACAACAGGCAGAGCCUUCUACCUCUGAGAACUCCCGAAUAGAGCCUGACACAACAGAGCCCAGCGCCUGCCUUGCUCCUGUGGAACAACUUACACAAGUCCUCCGGAACUGCUUACGAUAUUUUUUACCACCCAAUUUUCCUAUAACCAAGAGUGAACUGAGUACAAUGAGUGCUGAGGAUCUUAUAGCUUUCCCACUGAAAGAUUACUUUAAGCAGUAUGAAGUGGGUCUGCAGAACUUGUGCAACUCAUACCAGAGCCGUGCUGACCUUCGUGCGAAAACCUGUGAAGAGAUGCAGCGCACUGCAGAAAAGAAAUGCAAAGAAAGUGAAGAAAAGCUGCAGAAAUUAAGGACCAACAUUGUGUCGCUGUUACAGAAAGUACAAGAGGAUAUUGAUAUAAAUACGGAUGAUGAGUUGGACGCUUAUAUUGAGGAUCUUAUUGCAAGAGGAGACUGAAUUAUUCUACACAACUUGCUCUACUUUCUGAUGGAUAGAAGUUGAUUCACCAAGGGGGGAAGCCAGUAUACGUCUCAAGUCAAUGUUUUCUUGUAAAAUGUUUCCAUCGUUUUUACUUAACAGGCAUGUGCUUUUCUGAAAGUUUUAAAAAUUGUAGUUCUUGAACCCUUGUUUAUAAAUAUUUAUUUUUUAUUGGAAACCGAAACACCCGAGCCUGGGUGAUUUAUUAAAAAAGGUCCAUCCGA